AUGUGCUGGGAAGAAGCUAAAGUGGGACGAGAUGAUCGAUCAGGAUGGGCAGAGGCGGGCCUAGAGAAGGUGGUCAGGGAAGGCUCACAGAGCGGGAGACCCCUAGAAAAAAAAAAAAAAAAAGCGGCUGCGGAGCCACGGGAUAGAGCCACCGACCUUGCCCGACCUGCCGUGACCGAGAGUGACUGGGACAUGGUGAUGGUGCUGCGUAAGAAGGGCCCCACGGCCCAGGCCAAGUCCAAGCAGGCCAUCUUAGCAGCUCAAAGAUGAGGAGAAGUUGUGGAGACUUCCAAGAAAUGAGCUGCUGCCCAGAAUAAACAGCAUUCAAUAACCAAAAACACUGCCAAGUUGGACCGGGAGACGGAGGAGCUGCACCGUGACUGGGUGACCCUGGAAGUGGGCAAGGUGAUCCAGCAGGGCUGGCAGAGCAAGGGGCUCACGCAGAAGGACCCGGCCACGAAAAUCAACGAGAAGCCGCUUGUCGCCAACAAUGAGAGCGGAUGGGCCAUCCCUAACAAGCAGGCUCUGGGCAAUAUAAAAGCCAUCGACCUCAAACUCCUAAGCAAGGACACUGGGAAGUCCAUCGAGAAAGAGCUGAGAGCGAAAUGAACACAAAGCCUGGAAAUCAGUUGUUGUGGCUGAUCUCGUUGGCUGGUUCCCCACCACCAGAACCACCCGGCCAGCGGCUCCUGGGGCGCUGGACUUGCUGGGGGACCUCCUCACCUCACACCUGUUGUCAAACAAACAAAAGCUUGCAAGGU